AUGGCAUGGAAUCAGGAUCCCAAGCAUCUAAGCGUGCAGCAUGCCUUUCAGCAUCGGCCCUCCCACUCCAUAGACGGAGACACUCUCCGUCCUCGCUCGGACUCAUUCGCCUCAAACACAGAAACAGUAGUCCGCUCCAGAGCAAAUUCCGACGUCGGCAACACAGACCCAGACAAAAAGAUAGCAUAUGACGACGUCCUGCUCUCCGAGGCUUUACUCCCCGGUCCUCGCGAAGAAUCAGAUUUCCAUGUCCUCGACAACCGAUUUGCAUUCUCACCGGGCCAGCUGAACAAAUUACAAAAUCCCAAAUCUCUCGCUGCUUUCCAUGCACUUGGCGGCUUACAGGGCCUCGAACGUGGCCUUCGAACUGAUCUUCAUGCCGGUUUGUCUGUCGAUGAAGGUUCGCUGCCGGGAUCCGUGGAUUUUCAGCAAGUGACUCCGCCUUUAUCGUACAGCAGGCGUCCGUCAAUGAGUAAGGCGGCCCUGGAUGAACAGAGCAGCGAGACGCCAAGCAUCAUCCCCGAGACGAAUAGUGGCGAUGGUACGCCGUAUGAAGACCGCAUCCGCGUUUUCGGCCAAAAUAAGCUACCAGCUCGGAAGUCGACUGGGAUUCUCAAACUGUUUUGGAUGGCUUAUAAUGAUAAGAUUAUUAUUUUGCUGACUAUCGCUGCUAUUGUCUCUUUGGCAUUGGGUAUUUACGAGACAGUCGAUGAUGGCACCGGUGUAGAAUGGGUAGAGGGCGUUGCUAUCGUCGUUGCCAUUUUGAUUGUUACAGUUGUCACUGCUGCCAAUGAUUGGCAGAAGGAAAGACAGUUUGCGAAACUCAAUGAGCGAAAUGACGAUCGGGAUGUCAAAGUCAUUCGCUCCGGCAGAUCUAUGAUGGUAUCUGUCUAUGAAAUCAUGGUUGGUGACGUUCUUCACCUUGAGCCUGGUGACUCUAUUCCCGCGGAUGGAAUCUUGAUCUCGGGUCAUGGCGUGAAAUGCGAUGAAUCGUCUGCGACUGGUGAAUCCGAUCAGAUGAAGAAGACUGAUGGUCAUGAAGUCUGGCAGAAGAUCAUGGAGGGUAGGGCGACCAAGAAGCUUGACCCUUUUAUGAUUUCCGGUAGCAAGGUUCUUGAGGGCGUUGGGACCUAUUUGGUUACUAGCGUCGGGCCAUUUUCUUCGUAUGGCCGUAUCAUGCUCUCUUUGCAGACUUCUAAUGACCCUACGCCGCUGCAAGUGAAGCUGGCUCGCUUGGCGGACUGGAUUGGAUACCUGGGAUCAGCCGCUGCAAUUAUCUUGUUUUUGAUCUUGGUGUUUCGGUUCAUCGCCGAUCUUCCGAAUAACCAUGACACACCUGCUGUCAAGGGAAAGGAGUUUGUGGAUAUCCUCAUCGUGGCUGUGACUGUCAUUGUUGUCGCUAUUCCAGAGGGUCUUCCCUUGGCCGUCACGCUAGCGUUGGCUUUUGCUACUACUCGCAUGGUCAAAGAGAACAAUCUCGUACGAGUCCUCCGAGCUUGCGAGACAAUGGGAAAUGCGACAGUCAUCUGCUCUGAUAAGACAGGAACCUUGACACAAAACAAGAUGACAGUGGUCGCCGGUACUUGGGGCUCAAACCAAAGCUUCAGUCAAUCCUCUGAGAUCGAACUCGAUGCCACUAACAAUAGCCCAAUGAGCACUGCAGAGGCCUUUAAGAAGCUCUCGGGCCCGGUGCGGGAUCUCAUUGUCAAAAGCGUAGCGUUAAACUCCACGGCAUUCGCAGAGGACAAGAACGGCCGCAAAGAAUUUCUGGGCAGUAAGACUGAGGUCGCGCUACUGCAGAUGGCCCAGGAUUAUCUUGGCAUGGAUCUUGUUUCGGAACGGGGAUCUGCCAAGAUUGUCCAGCUCAUCCCCUUUGACUCGGCACGGAAGUGUAUGGGUGUCAUUUACCAAAACUCUGGCGCUGGAUAUCGUCUCCUUGUCAAAGGUGCAUCGGAGCUGAUGGUUGCAGCCUGUUCCAAACAGAUCACAGAUCUUGAUGCCUGCAAAGACUCUCUCUACACCGAGUCGCUCUGUGAUGAAGAUAGACAAAACACCAUUUCAAUCAUUGAUCAAUACGCCACAAGAUCUCUUCGAACCAUCGGGAUAGUCUACAAGGACUACGAAUCUUGGCCGCCGCAUGGUCUUAAAAAAUUGGAAGAUGAACCCUCUGCAGCGAAUUUCGACGAUUUAUUCCACGAUAUGACAUGGGUUGGAGUCGUGGGAAUCCAAGACCCGCUUCGCCCAGAAGUUCCAGCUGCCAUUCGCAAAUGCCAUGGCGCAGGAGUCCAGGUCAAGAUGGUAACAGGCGACAAUGUUGCAACAGCUACAGCUAUCGCUUCAGCCUGUGGGAUUAAAACCGAAGGUGGUCUCGUGAUGGAAGGUCCCAAGUUCCGCCAGCUAUCGGAUGAAGAAAUGAACGAAGUGAUUCCCCGCCUCCAAGUUCUGGCACGUUCCUCACCCGAAGACAAGCGAAUUCUCGUUGAACGGCUGAAAAUCCUUGGAGAGACUGUCGCUGUCACAGGUGAUGGAACCAAUGAUGGACCUGCUCUGCGGACUGCUGAUGUUGGGUUCUCUAUGGGUAUUGCUGGAACCGAAGUAGCUAAGGAGGCUAGCUCGAUUAUCCUUUUAGAUGACAACUUCCGGUCCAUUGUGACGGCCAUCGCAUGGGGCCGGGCUGUCAAUGAUGCCGUGGCCAAGUUCCUGCAAUUCCAAAUCACGGUCAAUAUCACCGCUGUGAUAUUGACUUUCGUGUCUUCUGUGUACAGCAGUUCAAACCAAAGUGUUUUGAACGCUGUGCAGCUACUUUGGGUUAAUCUUAUAAUGGACACAUUUGCUGCUCUAGCCUUAGCAACCGACGGCCCAACAGAAAACAUUCUAGAUCGAAAGCCCGUCCCAAAACGCGCAUCUCUCUUCACCUUGACCAUGUGGAAGAUGAUUCUUGGACAAUCCGUCUACAAACUUGCAAUCACAUUCAUGCUCUAUUUCGCCGGCGAUCAACUCCUCGACCCAUACCUCGUUGCCGGCGACCCCGCUCUCCGCGCAAAACAACUUUCGACAGUCGUCUUCAACACGUUUGUAUGGAUGCAAAUCUUCAACGAACUCAACAACCGACGCCUCGACAACCACUUUAACAUUUUCGAAGGCAUGUUCCGCAAUUAUUGGUUCUUGGGCAUCAAUGCCCUUAUCGUUGCCGGCCAGAUCAUGAUAGUCUUCGUCGGAGGCCAGGCAUUCGGCGUAACCCGACUCAACGGCACUCUAUGGGCAGUGUGUCUGGCCUGUGGAUUCGGAUGUCUACCAUGGGCGAUAGUCCUCCGCCUAAUACCCGACCGUCAUUUUGGCCGCGUGUUCAAUGCAGUUGUCAGUGCAUCUGUUUUUCUUUUCAAGCCCUUCUUGAUGGCUUGGAAAUGGGUCGUUCGCGGCUUGAAGGCAUUCUUUCGGCCCUUGACUCGGGUUUUCCGUCGCGUCUUCUCUCGUCGCCAGGUUGUCGAGGACUCAGAGAUACCGAUUGAGUCACCUGCUCAGGUAUCUUCGGACUGUCCUGUUAUUGAUGAGGAAAAUCCACCGGACCACAAGGUCAUUCGACAGGAGAGCCCUGAGUGGGUUUCUACGCCGGGGAUAUCAGUUCCCCCGAUCACGGUGACUGUGUCGCCAUAG